CUGCUGGCGACCCUGGAACUCGGCUCUCCCCGAUCUUCGUCUUGGGGCACCGUCCCUGCCGUCUGCAGCCCCCAGGCCCCACUGCCUCUAACUCAGCGGCCUAGGCCCGUCCCAGUCGCUAGUUUUCUUUUUGGCAUUGCCCUUUGCCCUCCCAUGCAGUCCUCUGUUGACUCUCUCUUCAGUUACAGUCACCCCUAGGUCACCCUCCCUCUACCACAGUCACCCAUUUUGUCCCCUAUCCCCUUACUCUUCUUCACCUCUCCCCGGGCCGCCUUCUCAGAGGACUCUGCCGACGGAGAUGCUGCGGACCCCGCGGCCAGGGGCUGCUCCCCGGACAACCCUGCGUCCACCUUUGCCCCUUCCUCGGGGGCGCGAGAGGCAAGUUUCCGCUCCGUCCUUUUCCCGGUGACAGGACUUGGCGGCGGCCACUGCCGGGGAGGCACAGGCAGAGACGGCCUGGCUCCCGAGCCCCCUCCCCUGCUCGUGAGCUCGCGCGGUCUGUCUCUCCGCAAGUGCGGAGACGCGGAGGAGGAGGAGGAGGAGGAGGAGGAGGAGGGAGUUGGGGGAGGAUCUCCAUUGAAAUAAACAACCAGGCAGCAGUUAUUAACACGGGAACAUGGCGGCCGCAGCCUCGGCUACAGCUUCGGCGGCGAAGGUCAGCGCCGACGGCAGCCGGCACCUGACGGCGUGACCGACCCGAGCCGAUUUCUCUUGGAUUUGGCUACACACUUAUAGAUCUUCUGCACUGUUUACAGGCACAGUUGCUGAUAUGUGUUCAAGAUGAGUGGGAUGGGAGAAAAUACCUCUGACCCCUCCAGGGCAGAGACAAGAAAGCGCAAGGAAUGUCCUGACCAACUUGGACCCAGCCCCAAAAGGAACACUGAAAAACGUAAUCGUGAACAGGAAAAUAAAUAUAUAGAAGAACUUGCAGAGUUGAUUUUUGCAAAUUUUAAUGAUAUAGACAACUUUAACUUCAAACCUGACAAAUGUGCAAUCUUAAAAGAAACUGUGAAGCAAAUUCGUCAGAUCAAAGAACAAGAGAAAGCAGCAGCUGCCAACAUAGAUGAAGUGCAGAAGUCAGAUGUAUCCUCUACAGGGCAGGGUGUCAUCGACAAGGAUGCGCUGGGGCCUAUGAUGCUUGAGGCCCUUGAUGGGUUCUUCUUUGUGGUGAACCUGGAAGGCAACGUUGUGUUUGUGUCAGAGAAUGUGACACAGUAUCUAAGGUAUAACCAAGAAGAGCUGAUGAACAAAAGUGUAUAUAGCAUCUUGCAUGUUGGGGACCACACGGAAUUUGUCAAAAACCUGCUGCCAAAGUCAAUAGUAAAUGGGGGAUCUUGGUCCGGUGAACCUCCGAGGCGGAACAGCCAUACCUUCAAUUGUCGGAUGCUGGUGAAACCUUUACCUGAUUCAGAAGAGGAGGGUCAUGAUAACCAGGAAGCUCAUCAGAAAUAUGAAACUAUGCAGUGCUUUGCUGUCUCUCAACCAAAGUCCAUCAAAGAAGAAGGAGAAGAUUUGCAGUCCUGCUUGAUUUGCGUGGCAAGAAGAGUUCCCAUGAAGGAAAGACCAGUUCUUCCCUCAUCAGAAAGUUUUACUACUCGCCAGGAUCUCCAAGGCAAGAUCACUUCUCUGGAUACCAGCACCAUGAGAGCAGCCAUGAAACCAGGCUGGGAGGACCUGGUAAGAAGGUGCAUUCAGAAGUUCCAUGCGCAGCAUGAAGGAGAAUCUGUGUCCUAUGCUAAGAGGCAUCAUCAUGAAGUACUGAGACAAGGAUUGGCAUUCAGUCAAAUCUAUCGUUUUUCCUUGUCUGAUGGCACUCUUGUUGCUGCACAAACGAAGAGCAAACUCAUCCGUUCUCAGACUACUAAUGAACCUCAACUUGUAAUAUCUUUACAUAUGCUUCACAGAGAGCAGAAUGUGUGUGUGAUGAAUCCGGAUCUGACUGGACAAACGAUGGGGAAGCCACUGAAUCCAAUUAGCUCUAACAGCCCUGCCCAUCAGGCCCUGUGCAGUGGGAACCCAGGUCAGGACAUGACCCUCAGUAGCAAUAUAAAUUUUCCCAUAAAUGGCCCAAAGGAACAAAUGGGCAUGCCCAUGGGCAGGUUUGGUGGUUCUGGGGGAAUGAACCAUGUGUCAGGCAUGCAAGCAACCACUCCUCAGGGUAGUAACUAUGCACUCAAAAUGAACAGCCCCUCACAAAGCAGCCCUGGCAUGAAUCCAGGACAGCCCACCUCCAUGCUUUCACCAAGGCAUCGCAUGAGCCCUGGAGUGGCUGGCAGCCCUCGAAUCCCACCCAGUCAGUUUUCCCCUGCAGGAAGCUUGCAUUCCCCUGUGGGAGUUUGCAGCAGCACAGGAAAUAGCCAUAGUUAUACCAACAGCUCCCUCAAUGCACUUCAGGCCCUCAGCGAGGGGCACGGGGUCUCAUUAGGGUCAUCGUUGGCUUCACCAGACCUAAAAAUGGGCAAUUUGCAAAACUCCCCAGUUAAUAUGAAUCCUCCCCCACUCAGCAAGAUGGGAAGCUUGGACUCAAAAGACUGUUUUGGACUAUAUGGGGAGCCCUCUGAAGGUACAACUGGACAAGCAGAGAGCAGCUGCCAUCCUGGAGAGCAAAAGGAAACAAAUGACCCCAACCUGCCCCCGGCCGUGAGCAGUGAGAGAGCUGACGGGCAGAGCAGACUGCAUGACAGCAAAGGGCAGACCAAACUCCUGCAGCUGCUGACCACCAAAUCUGAUCAGAUGGAGCCUUCGCCCUUAGCCAGCUCUUUGUCGGAUACAAACAAAGACUCCACAGGUAGUUUGCCUGGUUCCGGGUCUACACAUGGAACCUCGCUCAAGGAGAAGCAUAAAAUUUUGCACAGACUCUUGCAGGACAGCAGUUCCCCUGUGGACUUGGCCAAGUUAACAGCAGAAGCCACAGGCAAAGACCUGAGCCAGGAGUCCAGCAGCACAGCUCCUGGAUCAGAAGUGACUAUUAAACAAGAGCCGGUGAGCCCCAAGAAGAAAGAGAAUGCACUACUUCGCUAUUUGCUAGAUAAAGAUGAUACUAAAGAUAUUGGUUUACCAGAAAUAACCCCCAAACUUGAGCGACUGGACAGUAAGACAGAUCCUGCCAGUAACACAAAAUUAAUAGCAAUGAAAACUGAGAAGGAGGAGAUGAGCUUUGAGCCUGGUGACCAGCCUGGCAGUGAGCUGGACAACUUGGAGGAGAUUUUGGAUGAUUUGCAGAAUAGUCAAUUACCACAGCUUUUCCCAGACACGAGGCCAGGCGCCCCUGCUGGAUCAGUUGACAAGCAAGCCAUCAUCAAUGACCUCAUGCAACUCACAGCUGAAAACAGCCCUGUCACACCUAUUGGAGCCCAGAAAACAGCACUGCGAAUUUCACAGAGCACUUUUAAUAACCCACGACCAGGGCAACUGGGCAGGUUAUUGCCAAACCAGAAUUUACCACUUGACAUCACAUUGCAAAGCCCAACUGGUGCUGGACCUUUCCCACCAAUCAGAAACAGUAGUCCCUACUCAGUGAUACCUCAGCCAGGAAUGAUGGGUAAUCAAGGGAUGAUAGGAAACCAAGGAAAUUUAGGGAACAGUAGCACAGGAAUGAUUGGUAGCAGUGCUUCUCGGCCUACUAUGCCAUCUGGAGAAUGGGCACCACAGAGUUCGGCUGUGAGAGUCACCUGUGCUGCUACCACCAGUGCCAUGAACCGGCCAGUCCAAGGAGGUAUGAUUCGGAACCCAGCAGCCAGCAUCCCCAUGAGGCCCAGCAGCCAGCCUGGCCAAAGACAGACGCUUCAGUCUCAGGUCAUGAAUAUAGGGCCAUCUGAAUUAGAGAUGAACAUGGGGGGACCUCAGUAUAGCCAACAACAAGCUCCUCCAAAUCAGACUGCCCCAUGGCCUGAAAGCAUCCUGCCUAUAGACCAGGCGUCUUUUGCCGGCCAAAACAGGCAGCCAUUUGGCAGUUCUCCAGAUGACUUGCUAUGUCCACAUCCUGCAGCCGAGUCUCCGAGUGAUGAGGGAGCUCUCCUGGACCAGCUGUAUCUGGCCUUGCGGAAUUUUGAUGGCCUGGAGGAGAUUGAUAGAGCCUUAGGAAUACCCGAACUGGUCAGCCAGAGCCAAGCAGUAGAUCCAGAACAGUUCUCAAGUCAGGAUUCCAACAUCAUGCUGGAGCAGAAGGCGCCCGUUUUCCCCCAGCAGUAUGCAUCUCAGGCACAAAUGGCCCAGGGUAGCUAUUCUCCCAUGCAAGAUCCAAACUUUCACACCAUGGGACAGCGGCCUAGUUAUGCCACACUCCGUAUGCAGCCCAGACCGGGCCUCAGGCCCACGGGCCUAGUGCAGAACCAGCCAAAUCAACUGAGACUUCAACUUCAGCAUCGCCUCCAAGCACAGCAGAAUCGCCAGCCACUUAUGAAUCAAAUCAGCAAUGUUUCCAAUGUGAACUUGACUCUGAGGCCUGGAGUACCAACACAGGCACCUAUUAAUGCACAGAUGCUGGCCCAGAGACAGAGGGAAAUCCUGAACCAGCAUCUUCGACAGAGACAAAUGCAUCAGCAACAGCAAGUUCAGCAACGAACUUUGAUGAUGAGAGGACAAGGGUUGAAUAUGACACCAAGCAUGGUGGCUCCUAGUGGUAUGCCAGCAACUAUGAGCAACCCUCGGAUUCCCCAGGCAAAUGCACAGCAGUUUCCAUUUCCUCCAAACUACGGAAUAAGUCAGCAACCUGAUCCAGGCUUUACUGGGGCUACAACUCCCCAGAGCCCAGUUAUGUCACCCCGAAUGGCACAUACACAGAGUCCCAUGAUGCAACAGUCUCAGGCCAACCCAGCCUAUCAGGCCCCCUCCGACAUGAAUGGAUGGGCACAGGGGAACAUGGGUGGAAACAGCAUGUUUUCCCAGCAGUCCCCACCACACUUUGGGCAGCAAGCAAACACCAGCAUGUACAGUAACAACAUGAACAUCAAUGUGUCCAUGGCGACCAACACAGGUGGCAUGAGCAGCAUGAACCAGAUGACAGGACAGAUCAGCAUGACCUCAGUGACCUCCGUGCCUACGUCGGGGCUGUCCUCCAUGGGUCCCGAGCAGGUUAAUGAUCCUGCUCUGAGGGGAGGCAACCUGUUCCCAAACCAGCUGCCUGGAAUGGAUAUGAUUAAGCAGGAGGGAGACACAACACGGAAAUAUUGCUGACACUGCUGAAGCCAGUUGCUUCUUCAGCUGACCGGGCUCACUUGCUCAAAACACUUCCAGUCUGGAGAGCUGUGUCUAUUUGUUUCAACCCAACUGACCUGCCAGCCAGUUCUGCUAGAGCAGACAGGCCUGGCCCUGGUUCCCAGGGUGGCGUCCACUCAGCUGUGGCAGGAGGAGCUGCCUCUUCUCUUUGACAGUCUGAAGCUCGCAUCCAGACAGUCGCUCAGUCUGUUCACUGCAUUCACCUUAGUGCAACUUAGAUCUCUCCUGCAAAAGUAAAUGUUGACAGGCAAAUUUCAUACCCAUGUCAGAUUGAAUGUAUUUAAAUGUAUGUAUUUAAAGGAGAACCAUGCUCUUGUUCUGUUCCUGUUCGGUUCCAGACACUGGUUUCUUGCUUUGUUUUCCCUGGCUAACAGUCUAGUGCAAAAGAUAAAGAUUUUAUCUGGGGGAAAGAAAAGAAUUUUUUAAAAAAUUAAACUAAAGAUGUUUUAAGCUAAAGCCUGAAUUUGGGAUGGAAGCAGGACAGACACCGUGGACAGCGCUGUAUUUACAGACACACCCAGUGCGUGAAGACCAACAAAGUCACAGUCGUAUCUCUAGAAAGCUCUAAAGACCAUGUUGGAAAGUGUCUCCAGUUACUGAACAGAUGAAAAGGAGCCUGUGAGAGGGCUGUUAACAUUAGCAAAUAUUUUUUCCUUGUUUUUUCUUUGUUAAAACCAAACUGGUUCACCUGAAUCAUGAAUCGAGAAGAAAUAAUUUUCAUUUCUAAAUUAAGUCCCUUUUAGUUUGAUCAGACAGCUUGAAUCAGCAUCUCUUCUUCCCUGUCAGCCUGACUCUUCCCUUCCCCUCUCUCAUUCCCCAUACUCCCUACUUUCAUUCCUUUUUUAAAAAAUAAUAUAAGCUACAGAAACCAGGUAAGCCCUUUAUUUCCUUAAAUGUUUUGCCAGCCACUUACCAAUUGCUAAGUAUUGAAUUUCAGAAAAAAAAGAAAAAACGCAUUUACUGGCAAGGAGAAGAGCAAAGUUAAGACUUGAUACCGAUCGAGCUAAGGAUACCUGCUUUGGAAGCAUGUUUAUUCUGUUCCCCAGCAACUCUGGCCUCCAAAAUGGGAGAAAACGCCAGUGUGUUUAAAUUGAUAGCAGAUAUCACGACAGAUUUAACCUCUGCCAUGUGUUUUUUAUUUUGUUUUUUAGCAGUGCUGACUAAGCCGAAGUUUUGUAAGGUACAUAAAAUCCAAUUUAUAUGUAAACAAGCAAUAAUUUAAGUUGAGAACUUAUGUGUUUUAAUUGUAUAAUUUUUGUGAGGUAUACAUAUUGUGGAAUUGACUCAAAAAUGAGGUACUUCAGUAUUAAAUUAGAUAUCUUCAUAGCAAUGUCUCCUAAAGGUGUUUUGUAAAGGAUAUCAAUGCCUUGAUUAGACCUAAUUUGUAGACUUAAGACUUUUUAUUUUCUAAACCUUGUGAUUCUGCUUAUAAGUCAUUUAUCUAAUCUAUAUGAUAUGCAGCCGCUGUAGGAACCAAUUCUUGAUUUUUAUAUGUUUAUAUUCUUUCUUAAUGAACCUUAGAAAGACUACAUGUUACUAAGCAGGCCACUUUUAUGGUUGUUUUUCUUGCCCACUCUGGUAGGGGAAUAAUCUUUUAUUAAUAGGUGUCAGUUUCAGACAACUGCAAUACCAAGAAACUGAUGACCUUUUUUGAGCUAUUUCUCCUUAACCCCCAAUACCUUUCUUACCUAAAUUUCAGAAUGAUAUCUUUUUGAUGUCUGAAAAGCAAAGCAUUUUAUAAUAUCUCAUUAGCCAGGCUUUUUAGGAACAGAGAAGUUUUUCCUUGAAAUUUGAUUGUUUAUUUGUGGCAGGGUGAAAAAUGUACAAACUACCCCUAUUUAUACUUAUAUCUCUCUCUAUAUGUACAGAUUAUGGAAAUAUAGAAAGAGAUAUAGCCCAAAGAUAGAUGGUAAGUAGACAGUCUGAAAAUGUUGCUCCAUACUAAAGAAACUUUCUGGAAAUUUGCAUUUUGCUACUUUUUUCCACUUGAGAGGGGUCUCAAUACAGGGAGGUGGCCAAGGAACAGCACUUCUCAGUGGCCACCAGUUCAUAUAUCCCCUCAAAAGGCUCUACUUUUCUCCACCAAACCAUUGGGUUGCCCAACUGUGAUGGAAAAAACAAGCAGAUGUUGACCCGGAACUCCAGGACCUCCCCGUGGGCUGAGGCUCAUGUGGCAUACAAUUCAGUGUGACCAGUUUUAAUGUUUAGAAAUAUGUGAAUUAGAAUGACUUUUAACUUCACACAGCACAAAAGAGAAAUGGAGUUUAAACUGGAUUUGUUUUGAGUUUCAAGUCCCUUUUCACUACAACACCGUCCAAAACUAUCUACCUAUCUCUUCUUUUUUAUCCAUCUGCCUGCUGUAUUUUAAUGUCAAUCCUAAUUCAGGCAAAUCCGCAACUUCAUGAUACUGGUAAUUUAUAAUAAUUCAUGAUCAUUGCUGUUUUGAAGGAAAAGAAAUGAUAAAUUCUCUUACGGUUUCAAUCAGGUAAUGGAUUUUGUUUUACAUCUAGUUAGGAGAAGAAAAGUAAGUGAAGGAAUCCUCUGAUCAUAUUGAUCACUAUAGAAGCAAAAGCCAAAUCAGUUCCCUUCAUUAUCAGUAUUUCUCAUGCUGUACACAAUAAAUUUGUUAGACUGAGUACUUGGUUUUUGUUUAAUAGAACAAAUAAUCAGUGUUUCACUUAUAUUACUAAAUGUGAAAAACAUAAUGUGAAAAGUAUACAUACAUUAACUUGGUUGUAAAACUCAUUUUAAGUGUUCAUGUAAUGUGGUAAGUUUAAAAAGUGAAGUGAGCUGUUUUACUAUAAUGAAUUCGUUUGACUCAAAGAUUAAAAUGCCCCUCCCCCUAUGUGUAUCUCUUAUGGCCUGUAAUAAUCGAAAGCAAUGUUUUUGCAGUUUAUAUAAUGCAAUUUUUAAUCUGUGUUCAAAAAUGGAGUUCAUAUGGGCUUAACACAUGAAAUGGGUGGCACAGAUCCACUUGCAGAACCCAAAGAUACACAAUCAAUUUUGAAAUGCAACUUAAGCCAUUAAUUGUUGGUGUGAAUUUAAAAUUUUCUAGUGUUUGUAUGGUAGUAUGCUGCCUAAGAGCAAAGCAUUCUCUGCACAAAAGAAAAUUACUGUAGUGGCUUCGAUUUUAAUUAGAAUUUUCUCCCUGGUGUUUCUUUAUAGACUAAAACAAAAUCUUUUAAGUUUCUUACUACAGGUAAAAGCUAUGUGCAAGAACCUCAAAAUGCUAAAAUCUAGCAUAAUGCCUUAGAUCUGUUUUUAAGUCUUGUAUAUUCCUACAUAGCUGUCCGAUGUAUUAUAUUUGUAUAGUGAAUUGUGUACAAUUUUUGAAUAAGUGCAUCAUCACUUAACCUUUAUGUUGUUUGAAUAGUGAUGAUGAUACAUUUCUUCAAACAUUUAACUGUCAUUUUUUUUCUUUGUCAUUUGUGAGUUUUAUUUGUACAGUUCCUCAUGAAGUUGCAUCUGAGAUGUGUGUAUAUGAAAAGAUUAUACAAGGGUAAAAUUAAGCAAUAUAUUAACUAUGGUUCUUCAGGAGAAAGCUUACAGUGUUUCAGGUUGUGAUUUAUUUUCAAAAUGGAGUUGACUCUGAACAUCACUUUGUUCACCUGCAUUGAUGUUUGUAUUUCUAGUGUGAGCAGUUUAUGCAAAGGUAGAUAUAUUCAGAGAAAUUUUAAAUACAUUUAUGCAAGUUAAUAUUGCUUUGCUGAUGCUAUUUGCUUAUUUGAUGUUAAAUAAUGCUAUUGUAAAUAAAGAAUUCUGUUGUUAUUGCAUCAUUUAAUAAAUUUUAAUGCCUUCGGGUUUUA